GCACAGCAGCGUGGUCGAGUGGAUAUUUAGUGAAAACAAUUGCUAUUUAAAUAUCGCUGGUGAUAGAAAUUGUAAUAAUUGAAACGUAAUGUACUGUAGAAAACCGAGUUGAGAAAAUGUUAAUUCUUCAUCAAACAUUGCAUUAUGCAGUCUUAGCAUAAUGAUGGCCAGUACUGGCUGAAAUGGUAUCGAAAGGAAAAGUUGACAAGCAAUAAUAAUCUUAAUUUCUAUCGAUGAGCGCUGAUACGGCGGCGGACGCGUGCUCCAGAGACACUAAUAGGAUCAGAGGAUGUAUAGAAAAUUAUGAAUGAGUCAUCAGAAGGGUCAGGGAUCGAACUCAAUAUUAAUGUGUUUCAUUUCCCUUCGUUUUAACCGUGUGCAGUAAGCAAGACACUCGAGCUCAUUAUCUAGAUGUCAUACAGGAUAGACAUAGCCAACGAUAUAGAGAUGCAGCUUCUGCUCAUAGACACUGCAUCGCGAUAACACGUAACUUCCUCACCGUGCCGACUUUCGUGUUAUCAUAAAUUUGACAGAUGAUAUUAUGGAAACAGUGGUAAAGAAGACAUGGAAUAUAGUUAAUGGACUACACCUAGGCGAGACGCGAGCAGGAUUUGACAAAGACAGUAGUAAAAUCAUGAAGGCAAGUGGGUUUUUCUCGAGUUUGUGUUCAAAAACAGACGCUGCUAAUAAUAAUAAUCAGGGAGCUCAGGAACAAACGAGCCAGAAAGAAAAGCGUUCCCUGAAGGAAAGAAUUCUAGGCUCUAGCAAGACGCUGUCACCGCCAGUUCGUCGCGGUUCUGAAGUUUUGCGCGCUAAGGACUUCUCUGAAUUACUGCUGUGCCAGCAGUAUCUGGAGAAGGUGUUGUGUUACUUUAGUCCUUGUGAGCGAUGUGUGCUAGCGCAAGUGUGUAGAUCUUGGAAGAAAAUACUUUAUCAAUCUAAAUACUGGAGAGAUGUGACACCGAUAUUACACAGGCGAGACCUGUACGACACCAAAGAAGGAGGAUCUCGCGCUUUUACUUCUUUAGUCAGUUUUGAAGAGCGGGGCUUUGAUUCUGUAUGCUUAGUAAACGUAGGAGAUUUAGAUAUCUGUGAAUUUAUAGAUCAUUGUCCUAAAACAAAGAAAUGCUUGAAAGCAGUCAGUCUGAAACGAUCAACGGUUAGUGAUGCGGGUCUAGAAGUGAUGAUUGAACAGCUCGGAGCUCUCGAGAAUCUCGAGCUUAGUGGAUGUAAUGAUUUCACAGAAAAUGGUCUCUGGUCUAGUCUACUGCCUAGGAUAACUAUUCUUAGUAUUAGUGAUUGUAUCAAUGUGGCAGACGAUAGCGUCGCUGCCAUUGCCCAGCGUCUGCCAUUUCUUCAGGAACUAAAUCUCCAGGCAUACCAUGUGACCGACGGAGUACUGGCGUACUUUAGUGGAAAGCAAAGCGAUACGAUGUCCGUCUUGAGGUUAAAAUCCUGCUGGGAAAUUAGUAAUAAUGCUGUAGUAAAUAUUGUCAGUAGCUUACCAAGCCUAGCUGUUUUGAGUCUGUCUGGCUGUAGCAAAAUCACUGAUGAAGGUGUUCGUCUUAUUGCCGAGAACAUGGGUAUGUUAAAGUCUCUAGAUUUAUCGUGGUGCCCUAGGAUUACUGACACAGCCCUAGAACAUAUAGCUUGUGAUUUACCAAAGCUUGAGGAACUGAUCCUGGACAGAUGUGUACGAAUCACUGAUACUGGAAUGGGCUACCUGUCGGCAUUAAACUGUUUGGUGGCGCUAUACUUACGCUGGUGCUCUCAAGUCAAAGAUUUUGGUCUACAGCAUUUGUAUAAUAUGCAAAGUCUAAGAAUACUUUCUGUAGCCGGAUGUCCUUUGCUUACUGCCGCUGGACUAUCUGGAUUAGCACAGUUGACAGAUUUAGAGGAGUUAGAAUUGACCAAUUGCCAAGGUGCUACAGCCGAACUGCUGCAGUACUUUACCGAUAAUCUACCGAAGUGUACACUAGUUCACCCACUCUGAAGAAACAGAUUAGAUAGUAAAAGAGCGACGUAUAAGCAGACGACACGACUUCAUAAAUGUACGCUUGUGAGCAGACACGCAACAAAAGGAGCAGAAGGCACAACAUGCCAUAUCGGUUGUGGCAGACGAUACGACGUAUCUCACUGUCCUGUUAAGUACACGACACGUCUUAUCGUAUGCAGUAGACAGAAGUAAACGCUAUUGCACACUUGGCAUGACACCUCGUAUGCUAGUGACAACACGAUGUUGAAGUAUCGUGUACUCUAUUCAAAAGAUGCUUAGUGCAAAACGACUCACGCCACAUUAUGCUCCAUUAAGCAGACGAAAUGAUAAAGCGUGUGCCAGAAAGCAGAAUACAUGACCUUACUUACUAAUCAAUGCUAUCGUGCAAUGUUAGAUUUGGAAAUCUGUGUAGAUUUUUAAGGAUAAUAGGCCUAGAUUAGUAUCUAAAUGUGCCAUAAGUGCUCAGCGUAUUCAAUAUUUUUUUCUCGUAAAACAAACGUUUUUUUAAAUCAUACGACAAAUAAAAUUACGUUAAACUGUAGUUUCUUCAAAGAGUACAUCAAGAAGUUAAAGAAAUUAACUGUGAGUAUUGCUAAUUGUUGGAUGAAAUCCGUUCCUGAGUUUGAAUCCUAUUUACCUAAAAUUCGACAGUUUAUUAAAAUAACUUGAAAUGAUACUAAGACCAAACGUAUCUCAGUUAAGCAUCGAUAAUUCAAACAAUGUCUUUCGUAGAUUAUAGUUAUUGUAAGAUAUUGAAAUUGUUCUUAACAAUUCUGUUUGCAUAUUAAUAACAACCGCUCCUUUAGAGACAUUUUGUGUGUGUUUUUGUAUGUAAACCUUUAAUGUCAAUGUUAUUUCUAAAAGCUACAUGGAAUUGUAUAUCCUGAAAAAUUCAAAAUUCAACCAGUUGUUUUAGGGAUAAUUCCCAUUUUUAAACAUUAUUAUCAUCCAGUGUUCAAAGUUUAAAAUUAUAUAUAAUUGACAUCAUGGAUAGACGAAUCUUCAUCAAACUACUAUUAUAGCCCGUACCGGAAAAAUAAAAUGUAACUAUUUUAGUUAAAAGCAACCAAUUAAUAAGUAGGUUUAUUUUUUAAUUAUUUUUAUACGAUUCUGUUUAAAAAUCCAUUGAAAUAGUGUAAACAAUUUUUAAAGCAUUAUCGCAUGUUUUUACACUGGAAUUUGAUGAGAUAAUUAAUAUGAUUAUAUGUCACUAGUGAUAAUUUCUAUUUAUUCUAGUGAGUAUUCAUUUACCGUUUGAGAUUUUUGAAAUGGAAAAUGUUCACAUUCAAUUGGAUAAAACGGGGAAGUAAGGUAUAAUUAUUAUGUAAUCCUACGUUUGUAUGCUGGUUCUGGUUAUCAGUAUUCAUGUUCUUGUCAUAUAUAUCUAUAUGGAUAAUUCUUCACCAUGUCUUUCUUUUUAAUAAUAUUAUUUACAUUUCCAAAUGUAUGAAUGUAUCUUUUUUUAGAAUAUGUUUUACUAUAUGAAAAACACACUGUAACGGUCCGAAGACUAAGUGACCACAUGUGUAAUACCAGCGUCUGUAUUCUAUUAAUAGUGCUAUAGCCCUAUGGUUUGCAUGUUUCAUUAUUUAGGCCUACGAGCCGAUUAUUUUAUUAGAAUAUUUUAACCUAGAAAGGGCCUUCGUGUGAACGACCUCAGUGAAAUGCAUACUUUGUAGCCGUAUUAAAAGCAAUGUAACAAAUGUAUAUAUAAAUUCAAAGAAAUAUUGUGUUUGUUGAAAUUAGUGUCAAGAGUAGUUAAACUGACAUAGGCCCUAGGUGUCUUUUACCUUUAUGAACGGGCUCCAUAGUAAGAAUUAUUCUGUUCCUCCCCUCUUGUUUUGUCAAUUGACGUUGGAGGCGUAAUUUUUCUUUUUUACCCGGAGGGUGCAGAUGACUCUUUUACAUGUUAUAAAUGGGCUUGCAUGUAGGCUAUAUAUAGUUGUAAAUAUUUAGAGAAAAGUAGAAAUUAUAUGGAUGUGUAACGCUGAUGGCAGAAUUAGGACCAAAACGACCGUUACAAUUCCGUGGUAAGACAAGCUUAAUGCCACUAUACUUACAACACUGGACCUAAAAAUUACGUCACGUCGUACCCACUGGUGGGCAAACACGUGAACAUGUACAGUGAAUAUGUGUAUAUGUGAUGCGUAUAAAAUUAUAUGAAUCUUA